AUGUCCUCUUCCACACUGAACAACAUGAAAGGCUGUGUACUACCGCAGCACAUCUGGUGGAGGAAAACACCAGGCCUUCCCAAUCUGUGGCACAAUCACAAGGUCCUGACUGAUGAAGAGGCUCAUCAGAGGACUCAGGAGAGCCUGAUCCAAACUACACGCAAACACGCUCUUUAUCCAAUCAGCUGCAGCACUGCUGUGAAUGACCUGGUCUACAUCAUGGACGGCUCCUGGAGUGUGGGAAGUGACGACUUUGAAACAGCCAAGCGCUGGCUAAUCAGUGUCACCAGUGGCUUCGACGUGAGCUCGCACUACUCGCAGGUGGGCGUAGUACAAUACAGUGACACCCCAAGGUUGGAGAUCCCUCUCGGUCUCCACAAGACCACUCAAGAUCUCAUUAAAGCCAUUGAGGACAUCAGCUAUUUAGGUGGCAACACGCAGACGGGCCGUGCCAUCAAGUUUGCCGUGGACCACGUCUUUGCAUCUUCGCAACGAAGUGAAGUGAAGAACCGCAUUGCUGUGGUGGUGACUGAUGGAAAGUCGCAGGACGAUGUUAUGGACGCUAGCGUGGAGUCACGAGCACAAGGUAUUAAAGUGUUUGCGGUUGGCGUCGGGGCGGAGAUCACCACAUCAGAGCUGGUGACCAUCGCCAACAAGCCGGAGGGUGAAUACGUGCUGUAUGCGGAGGACUACACCAAUAUCGACCGUAUCCGUGAUGCUAUGGAACAGAAGCUGUGUGAGGGUAAGAUUUGCAUGCGUAGAGUUGUCACUAGUAGCAGGCGUAAAAUCAUCUUUAAAGUUGUCCAAAUGAAGAUAUUGGGCAUGAAGAUCCAUCAGAAGGCUAAGAAGAUACAGGGCUCAUUAGUGUCAGAGGCAGCGUAUCUGCUGGACAAGAGCACCGACAUUACUGAAAACACCAGGGAGAUUUUUCCCGAAGGUCUUCCUCCCUCCUAUGUGUUCGUGUCGACUUUGAGGCUGAAAGGGCCUUCAAGCAGGGAAAAGCUGGACCUGUGGAGGGUCCUGUCUAAAGACGGACAGAUUCAGGCGGCUGUCACACUCAACGGACUGGACAAAUCUGUCAUCUUCACUUCCACAAACACGGUUAAUGAGGGACAGAUAGUUACUUUUGAUGCACAAGGCACUGAGGAUGAUGAACGGUGUCCUCUGGAUCGUGAGCCCACUAAUGAGACUGAAGAGGUGUGCGACUGCAACCAAGGCCAGCCGGGACCUCCAGGACCGAGGGGUUUGCGUGGAGAGAAAGGAAGGGAAGGACCCCCGGGCCCAGAUGGUAAGCCUGGACCCCCAGGUUCCAGAGGAGAGCCAGGAGAUCCAGGUAUACCUGGAGAGAAGGGUGACGUGGGUCCAGCAGGGCCGAGAGGCGAUCCAGGACUUCAGGGUUUAAAAGGUGAUCGAGGAGAGCAAGGGUUGCCAGGGAAACCGGGGCCGCCAGGACCCACGGGAGCAUCAAAACCAAACAUUGGUACAGUUGGAUUGCCAGGAAAAAAGGGAGAGCAGGGGGGGAAAGGAGAACAAGGACCUCCUGGAGAGCCUGGUCCAAUGGGGAAACCAGGACUCGCUGGAAAUGAUGGAGCAACCGGCACUGCUGGAGCAAAGGGAGAGAAAGGAGACGCUGGGCUGCCAGGCGCUGACGGACCACAAGGAGUUCCAGGAAUCCGUGGGCUUCCCGGUGAGGAAGGAGCGAGCGGACCGCAGGGUGUGAGAGGAGCACCGGGGCAGAAAGGAUCAUCUGGGCCAAGAGGAGCUCCUGGCGCGCCGGGGCCUUCAGGGCCCUCCGGAGCAGACGGACUCGGCGGCCCCAAGGGUAAUGCAGGAGAAAAGGGAGAUGCAGGUACUCCUGGAGCCGCAGGUCAAAAGGGUGUCCGGGGUGAGCCGGGAUUUCCAGGACUUCAGGGUGCCAUGGGCCUUCCUGGAUUUAAAGGACACAAGGGAGAGAGAGGAGAACCCGGACUCAAAGGCAUUCAGGGUGAAAAAGGCAGCAAAGGCUUCCCAGGACCGCCUGGCUUUCCAGGUGAAGUGGGACCCAGAAGCAGCAAAGGAGAGAAAGGUACGCCGGGUGAGACUGGGGUCAAAGGUCGUGACGGACAGAAGGGAGACUUGGGACACACGGGUGUAGUCGGGCCGCGUGGAUUCCCCGGUCAGGACGGUUUGCCAGGGCUUCCCGGCGCUCCGGGCUUUCCAGGGAAGCCUGGUAAGCCUCCCUCAGAGGAGUACUUAAUAAAACUCUGUGGGGACAUUUUGAGAAAUCAGCUGCCGCAGCUACUGCAGAUGAUGAGCCCUCAGCGCUGUGAACACUGUGAGACCAUUAAAGGACCCCCGGGACCCCCUGGAUCUCCAGGACCUAAAGGGUCCAGCGGGCACCAGGGCUAUCCCGGCAGACAUGGCACUCAGGGCUACCCAGGACCUCCGGGCAUCCAAGGACCUCCAGGAGUCAAAGGGGACACAGGCCCACGGGGGUUUAAGGGCAAUAAAGGGGAGAGCAGACCAGGAUACCCAGGGCCUCCUGGAGACACAGGGAUCCAGGGUCCUCGCGGCAGUGAUGGCAUUGGUAUUCCGGGUCCUCCGGGAAUCCCGGGUAAAUCCGGGGCUCCAGGCAUCCCGGGGAAGCAAGGUCCUCCAGGGCCGGCUGGCGUGUGCGACAUGUCCAUCUGCUACCAAUCCUAUGACCCCAGGGAUGAGCGCUACAGCAAAGGGCCCGAUUUCUAACACACGUGCUUGAGCGAACACA